AUGCAAUCAGAUAGGAAACCCGACCCGGGCCCUCCCAACAGUGUCGACCCCGAGGAUCUCAUGCUUACUGCCUGCUUAGCCGCUUCCCGCAAGAAGAAGGGUAUUGAUACCAUCGACAAGGCUUUCCUCAAGUCCCUCAAGUACUACCCCCGCGCCAAGUCCGUUCUCUCCAAGUACAAGGUUCUCCAGUUCCACCCCUUCGACCCCGUCUCCAAGAAGGUCGUCGCCGUCGUCACAAGGCUUUCCUCAAGUCCCUCAAGUACUACCCCCGCGCCAAGUCCAUUCUCUCCAAGUACAAGGUUCUCCAGUUCCACCCCUUCGACCCCGUCUCCAAGAAGGUCGUCGCCGUCGUCGAGUCUCCCCAGGGUGAGCGCAUCACUUGCGUCAAGGGUGCCCCUCGUUUUGAAGACUGUCGAGGAGGACCACCCCAUCUCUGAGGAGGUUGACCAGGCCUACAAGAACAAGGUUGCUGAGUUCGCUACCCGUGGUUUCCGUUCUCUUGGUGUUGCCCGCAAGCGUGGCAAAAUUUCUAUCAAGUAUUCCAGGAUGAAGAUCACCGAGUCAGUAGCCCUUGAGGUUGACAACCACAACUUCCCAACCCAGACAGUCAUUCCAGCCAUUAUUGGAUGGGUUGUCAUUGGGUACAUGUGGUUCUGGUAUCGAUCGAUAAAUAUUUGGGUUCAUUGGAAUGGAGCUAUCGAUACGUUUACCCACUACACAGAAAACCAACAAAGAACCCGGAUCGCAGCAUAUUGCCUGAUACCUCUGAUGUUUGUUGGAAUAUGGCCUCUCGAUUUGUUUGGCUGUAUCAUUUGCUACGUAUCGAAAGCGAUCAAUAACGAACAAGGACUUCCGAGGACCUUACCAAUUGCGGAAACCCUAAACACAACUCCGACGAACCCAAAUGUACAACACCCUGACCCUCCCCCACCUUACAAUGGCGUUGGGGCGAAGUGUGCUCGUCCAUGAAUCACUUUGCCGAUCGUGACGUUGAGCGUGGUGUUUGGCGAGGAGGUUGUAGUGAUGUUUGUGACGGGUGGCACAUAACAGCGGAAGAUGAUAGCUCUUUGAGGCUAAAGCGUGCUUGUUGUCUCUUUUUUCCCCUGAAGAGUUAUCGCGUUUCUGGCUAUGAGGGUAAACUCGCGGUACCAAACCUGGCCUAAUAGCCCACAGACUCGCCGUUCCUAUUUCGGUAGCCCUUACUCAAUUAUACAAGAGGAGGAACCCGAAGGUUUUUAUACAUUCCCACACUCAAACGCCUGUGCAGUCUUGGCGGACGUGUGCGUGUACACACACACACAACUUUUUGGCAAAACGGACCAUCGAUGAGAUUUCAUUUGCUUAUAUCUCUACCAAACAAAGAGAUAAAAGAAAUCCGACUUGAGAUUCAGAGUCAGCGUACUUAAGAUUAUUAAGAGAAUAGUUUUUUUUCCAUAGGAUAAUUGAGUUUCUUCAUCUUC